AUGUCGUUAAGUUACAUAGAGGUUGUAGACCCGGUGAGGGGUGGCAUCGCGGCGGAUCACGACGGUGGAGUCGGUGCAAAUACUGGUUGUGUUGUGUUGGUGUUGCAGAUGGAGAACACUUCAUAUUUUGCUGCAUCUGGACACAAGUUGGGUGCCUUUUUCUCUUUCAUUUUCAGAUUCCCUUAUUAUCCCUUUGGAGCCUCUGCAGUAUCCAAGGUAAUACUCCAAGACCUUGGGAACCGUGUACUCGUUGGUAAAGAUGAUGAACCAGUACGGCAGCUCAUUAGCAUGAUAAGCAACGACAACUACCAUGUGGUCCGACAAGCUUGUUCUUCUUUAUCCACACUUGCUGGUGAUGUUUCCGUGGCAAUGAAGUUAAUGAAAUGCGACAUCUUGCAACCCAUUGGAGCUGUUUUAAUGGUCUCUUCUGCCUCAGAAAAGUUGGUUUCAGUGCUGCAAGUUGUGGUCACAUUGGCUAUUAGAUCAGAUACCAUAGCUGAGAUGAUGCUAACCAAUGAUGUUCUUAGUUCAUUAAAAGUACUUUGCGUUCAUAAAAACCCAGAGGUGCAAAGGCUUGCUUUGUUAGCUGUUGGGAAUUUGGGAUUCUGUCCGGAGAAUCAUCAUGUACUUGUCGCUGUCGAAGGCUUGAGGGAACUUCUUGUGCAGCUGACGGCUACGCCCGAGCCACGAGUAAAUAAAGCUGCAGCUCGUGCUUUGGCAAUUCUUGGAGAGAAUGAGAGCUUGCGAUGCGCCAUUGGAGGGAGACAGAUACCAAAACGAGGCAUUCGCAUACUAUCGUUGGAUGGAGGUGGCAUGAAAGGUCUUGCAACUGUGCAGAUCCUUGAGGAGAUCGAGAACAGAACUGGAAAACGAAUGCAUGAGCUAUUUGACCUUAUAUGUGGGACGUCAACCGGUGGCAUUUACGCUGCUGCACUUAGUAUUAAGUCGAUGAGCGCGUACCGAUUGGAAGAAAUAUACAAAAAUUUCGGAAAAGUCGUUUUCUCCGAACCUGUGCCGAAGGAUAACAAUUCUGCAACUUGGAAAGAAAAGUUGGACCAACUUUACAAAAGCUCAUCACAAAGUUUCAGAGUUGUUGCAAAAGGAUCCAAACACAAUCCAGAUAAGUUAGAGAGGUUGUUAAAGGACUUGUGUGCCGAUGAGGAUGGUGAUGACCGACUAAUCGAGUCUGCUGUGAAGGACAUUCCAAAAGUCUGUCUCAUCUCGACUUUAGUGAGUGUUAUGCCCGCUCAGCCCUUCGUAUUCCGUAAUUAUCAGUACCCCGUGGGAACGCCGAAGGCACCUUGUGUGACAUCUGAAAGUUCAGGAACCAGCUCGGGUUAGCCGACAUCUGAAAGUUCAGGAACCACCGCUCGGGUUAGCCACAAACAAAGUGGUCUUAUCGGAAGCUGUAAAUACCAACUAUGGCAAGCUAUAAGAGCAUCUUGUGCUGCCCCAUAUUAUCUAGAUGAUUUCUCAGAUGAUGUAUACCGGUGGCGAGAUGGUGGUUUAAUGGCGAAUAAUCCGACAAUCAUUUCAAUGAGAGAAGCACUUCUUCUAUGGCCUGAUACUAAAAUUGACUGUUUAGUUUCCGUUGGUUCUGGUUCCGUACCUACUAAGGCACGAAAAGGCGGUUGGCGAUAUCUAGAUGCAGGGCAAGUGCUGAUUGAGAGCGCAUGCUCGGUGGACCGAGUCGAGGAAACACUGAAUACAUUGUUGCCUAUGCACCCCAAGAUCCGUUACUUUCGGUUCAAUCCAGUGGAUGAACGUUGUGACAUGAAGCUGGACGAGACUGAUCCAGCAGUUUGGCAGAAGUUGGAAGCUGCUACAAAAGAUUACAUUGAAAAUAAUUCGGAAUACUUUAAUAUAGCAUGUGAAACACUGGUUCAAGCCUCUGCAAAUAGUGAUACUGAGAAAUAAAAAAACACUUUAUCUUUGUCUGGUCGGAUCAGUACAAGAUGAUGGAACUAUCUUAUUAUGUUGUCUCUUUUGAAUUUACAAUAAAUAUACUCGACAGCUCCUUCAAUUA